AUGAUAAGGUUGGCAGGGCCCGGAAUGAAGGUCUUGCUCAUGGACAAAGAGACGGUUCGUAUUUUUGAUAUCUAAAAUCUUUAAAAGUUUUUAACGUCUACUGUUAAGUGAGUAAAAAAUAAUUUCAAUGGUGAAAUUUAAUUUAGUCGUUGUUUUAGACAAGUUUGGUGUCUUGCUCUUUUGCCCAAACGGAAAUGAUGCAGAAGGAAGUGUAUUUGUUUGAACGCAUUGAUGCCAAUUCUAUGAGAGAACCUAUCCGUUACCUGAAAUGUAUUGUCUUUGUUCGACCGACACCUGAAAAUAUACAAUUACUUGUCGAAGAACUACGAUCUCCAAAAUAUGUGCAGUAUUAUAUUUGUAGGUUUUACUUUAUAUCACUGUUUUUUGUAUCAUAAGCGAUUUAAGAUUAUAAAAAGUUUUUUUUAGAUUUUUCAAAUAUUAUAUCCAAAGCUGAUGUCAAGUUGCUUGCCGAAGCUGAUGAACACGAAACAGUGAGUUUAAUUUUAUUCUUUAUGUAGUUUAUGUUUAGGUAAGAGAAAUCCAAGAAUUCUACGCUGAUAUGAUUCCUCUGGCUCCUCAUUUAAGUGUUUUGGGUAACUCAAACUGUUAUGAAACUGCUUUUAACUUGUCUACUACAACAUUCCGUCGAUGCAUUCAUGGACUAGCUAGCUUGUUACUAUCCUUCAGAGCAAAGCCCGUGAUCCGAUAUCAACGAACUUCUCGAGAUUCUCACAGAUUGGCGGAAGAUUUGAGUAAACUGAUCGUGAGAGAAGAUGCUCUGUUUGAAUCUUGCAGUGAGAACACGACCUUAUUGAUAUUGGACAGGUCUGAAGAUCCCGUUACUCCGCUUCUUAAUCAAUGGACGUACGAAGCUAUGGUGCACGAGUUAAUUGGGAUUACGAACAACAGAGUUGUGAUGCAGUCAAAUGAGGACGGUCCUAAGAACUUGGUACUCAGUGCGCAGCAUGACGAGUUUUAUGCCAAAGUAAGUGUUCUUUCAAUUACAGAAAAUAUUUUCAGGAGGAAAAAGGAACCUUUAAGAACAUUGUCUCUUUUGCAAACACUUUCUAAUAUUUAAAGUUUUUUAGAUGAAGUACAUGAACUUUGGAGAUAUUGGACAGAACAUCAAGGCCUUAAUGAAUGAUUACCAGAAGAAAGCUCAAACUCAUCAACAGCUUGAAUCCAUAAGUGACAUGAAACGAUUUGUGGAUCAAUAUCCUCAAUUUAAGAAGAUCUCAGGUAAAUUCUUGUGGUAUUUAUAUUAUUUAUGUUUUAAUUUUUAAAGUAACUUUUAAUUGAUUUUUAAUGCUACAAGCAGGGACGUCGUUUGGGGGGUGAAAAAUCAGGUAGCUACCUGUGGACCAAAAAAAAAUUUUCGACCUCCCCCCCCCCAGAAAAAAAACCGUAGCGACGUCCCUGGCUACAAGAGCAUUUUAGGUACUGUAACAAAACACGUUCAAAUUGUUGGAGAACUCAGCCGACUGGUUGCGGCGGAGAAUCUUCUUGAGAUUUCUGAAUUGGAACAAAGUUUGGUAGCGACAUCAGAUCACUCAUCGCAUCUGAACCAGCUAAAGGCUUUACUUGAAAGUCCAAAAACUUCGGAUUUGGUAGGUACCUUUGUUAUAAUAUUUUUUGGUAACAAAAAAUAUCGAACUAUACUUUCAUAAAUUACUUUAAAAAUUUAGAAUGCGUUGCGUUUGGUUAUGUUAUACCAAUUGAGAUACGAAAACACCCAAAACUCGAUGGAGUACAUGUUGAAUAUGCUGAAGAAACGAGGAUGUUCUGCUAAGGAAAUCGCUGUGAUUCGCACUAUCGUUGAUUAUGCUGGCUUUAGAAAACGUCAGAAUGAUCUGUUUGGAGAUCAAAGUGCCAUGGAAAUGACCAAGAAGUUCAUCAAAGGGUUGAAAGGAGUAGAGAACGUGUUCACUCAACAUGAACCUCUCAUAUGCAGACUGAUAGACAACAUUGUCAGAGAAAGAUUGUCCGAACAUAAGUACCCCAUGAUCGAUAGUACAAGACAAGGGUAGGUAACGGUUAGAUAUAUUAGAUGUUGCAAUAAGUCGGUUUAGAUGUUAAAUACUUCAUACCUUCAUAUAUUUAUGUAACAACAAAAAUAAACGUAAUUUUUUAGAAAUCGACCAGAAAAUGUGAUUGUAUUCAUGAUUGGCGGAGUUACCUACGAAGAGUCAACUGCCGUUCACAAUCUCAACUUAAAACGUCUACAGACUUAUCAUCCUCGCGUUCUGUUGGCUUCGAACUUUGCACACAACACCAAGAGUUAUAUUGAAGAGCUGACGAAGGUUAUGGGUUGA